UCCGCUCAGGGCCCCGGGCGGCGGCCACGGGUCCGAGGGCAACUGGGGUCUCCGCACCAGCCACAUUUUGCGGGCCCCUCCCGCGCCUCAAGUCGGACCCCGGCUCUGGAGCAGAGAAGCGGCAUGGAAGCCGAGGACCUUCAAGAGGAGCUGACCUGCUCCAUCUGCCUGGACUAUUUCGAGGAGCCGGUGUCCAUCGAGUGCGGCCACAACUUCUGCCGCGGGUGUCUGCGCCGCAGCUGGACGCCGGGCGGCGGCUUGUUCUCCUGCCCCGAAUGUAGGCAGCCGUCGGCGCCCGCUGCACUGCGGCCCAACUGGGCCCUGGCCAGGCUGACGGAGAAGACUCGGCGCCGGCGCAAGGGCCCAGUGCCCCCGGACCUGUGCGGCCGCCACUGGGAGCCGCUGCGGCUCUUCUGCGAGGACGACCAGCGACCCGUGUGCUUGGUGUGCAGGGAGUCCCGGGAACACCAGGCCCACACCAUGGCGCCCAUCGACGAGGCCUUCCAGAGCUACCGGAAUCCAAAAGAUAUGUUGACCAGGAGUGAGAUGCAGGAUGUGAACUGUUCCCUUGAAGUUCCAAAGGUGAAGACAGUGUGCCAGCUACCAAUGAUGAAGGAAAUGCUGAAGCGAUACCAAGUGGCUGUAAAUGUAGCUGAAGACACAGCUCAUCCCAAACUUGUCUUUGCCCAGGAAGGGAGAUAUGUGAAAAAUGCAGCAUCAGAGAGUUCAUGGCCAGUAUUUUCUACAGCAUGGAACUACUUUGCUGGAUGGAAGAAUUCUCAGAAGACCACACACAUUGUCGAGAGAUUUCAACACUUGCCCUGUGUUCUGGGAAAAAACAUUUUCACCUCAGGGAAGCAUUACUGGGAAGUUGAGAAUAGAGGUGGCCUGGAGAUUGCUGUGGGGGUGUGUCAGGAGGACAUCAUGGGGAUUACUGAUAGUUCAAGAAUGUCCCCCAAUGCGGGAAUCUGGGCUAUUCACUGGAGUUCAGCUGGCUAUCGCCCCCUAACAAGCCUCCCUUUAAUUCCCCCCAACAAAGAACCAGCUCUUCACCGGGUAGGGGUUUACCUAGAUCAUGAGGCUGGCAGUGUCUCCUUCUAUAGUGCCAUGGAUGGACUGCACCUACACACUUUUUCUUGUUCUUUUGUCUCCCGUCUCCGGCCGUUUUUUUGGUUAGGUCCAUUAGCAUCUUUAGUCAUCCCACGAGUGACUGAUGGGAAAUGAGGCUAUUCUUCUCCUGCCUCCAAAUCCUUCCCUGUACCCUAGCUCAGUGGCACACAUCCCCUGGCCCUCUUCUUUGGCUUCAUGUGUCAGUAUCCUGGGUAGUCCAUCUUCUGGGUCUCCCUAAUUGAACCAUUUGGUAUUCGUCCAACAUGUGCUUCAGAGGAGUCAGGUCCAUGGGAGGUAAUUCAGGCCAGUGAUGAUGAGACAGGAAAUUUUCCAAGGUGCUUCUGGGGAAUGUAUUUGUAGUUUUAAGGAAGAGAUGUUUUGGAAGACAUAGCCCCACUUCUCAUGUUAGCAGGUAUUUUGGAACUGAGGAGAACACAAGAAGAGUGGAAAGGUAGAAGAAACACAGUCUUUGUUGCCCUGGUUAAAGUGCUGGAAUUUCCCUAAUAUGAAGCUUCUUAUUAUAUGAGAUAAUUAAUCCCUUCCCUUAUUCUAUAAGGCAAUUUCCAUUGCCUUUGGUGACUUGCUGCCUGAGGUACCCUGACUGGCUCUAUAGGCACAUAGCGUGCACGUCCCCUGUAUAGGCUUGUCUCACUUUCUCUGCAAUUUGUCAAAGGUACAGAAUCCCUUUCCAUCCAGUCACGUAAUGCCUUUUCUUUUCAGUAAGUACUUAUGUCUCCCACUUUUCCAGCUCAGAACCUUGAGGAAGUUUCCCCUAACUCUGCCCAUGCUGCUUGUCCUCUGUUCCUGACCAUGUCUCUGCCCUCAACCAUUUACUGUACUGCACAUUUGUCAAGUUCAUAAGUUUUUUAUAGAGGGCUGUUAGUGUCAUAAUGACCAUGUUGAGAAACCUGUGUUAAAUGUCUGUAUUGUCCUAGCAUCUUCAUAUCAUUCAGCCUGGUGAGAUGGAAAUUUAAAUCCUCUUUGUACAAAUGAGAAUACUGAACACUUCAGAGUAACUAGCUCAGGAUUGCUUAGCUGGUUAAUAGGAAUGUUGAGAUUAAAAUCCAGAUUUGUCUGAGAUGAAAGCCCAUACUCUAUUCUACUCUACCUUUAUGUGUAAACGUUUAUUGAAUGCUGAUUGGGUGUAAGCAUCACUUUGUUUCAGGUUACUACUUUGUUAUAUGUUUUUA